CCCACGCCGUGACACGUUACGUCGGAACAACCCAGCAAGUUCUGCGGUCCUUAAAGAAGUUCAGCAGGGCACUCAGCAGUGACUAACGGGCGAUUCAGAGAUCCCUGCUUGGAUUUGUGACAUCUUGUGAAGCCGGCUGUGAUAGGAGCCUGAGGUCUACCGGCGCUUACUGGGAGGGUGGGAACGUUAACCCGGAGAAGCAACAGGAGGCUGCGCUGGACGAACAUGGCGGACAGCAGCUUUGCAGCUGCCGAAUAAACGUUGGGCAAAGCGAAACCGAAGACGAGGGGCGGCUGCCGGGUGACUCGGCACGUAUUUCAUAGUUACAUGGAUAGCCAGGGCUCUGAGGGACUGUAAGCCCCCAACCGAAGCCGCAUGGCGUCUGCCCAAACCCGAAUAGGCCAGCAGGCCUUGGUGGUGCUAGAUGUGGCUCUGCGAGUUCCCUGUAUUUUUAUUAUCGACGCCAUUUUUAACUCUUACUACGACCCUGGCUCUGGAUGGGCCGGGGCGGUGGGAAAGGUGCUGGUCAGAGUUGCAGGUGUCGUCAUCUCCGCAGUGGUGCUACUCCUUUCCCAGAAAGCCUUGUUUAAGUUCUACACCCUGUUCUUUGCUGUCCUCCUUGGUAUGGCAGCAGUCCUCAUAAAUUACUAUGCCACCUCCCACGUGGACUUCUACAGCACCUAUUACAAAGUAGCUUUGGGGUUCAGGUUGCUGCCUAGAAAUGGGCCAAUACUGUGGUUGGGCAUGGCUGCUGUCCAGCUCCUCUUUGGGAUUGGCUAUGUGUUCUUGCUUAACCUCCAGUCUCUGUGUGCUGCACUGGUGGUUCUGGACAUCAUGGUCCCUCUGUGGGGACUGAUGAUUGAACUUCCUACAGACACCAGGCAGCUGCUGGCCAUGUUCUCAGGUCUGAUGCUGGCUGUCAACACGGCUGUUUGCCUCGCCAUGAGGCUAAAAUGGUUCUACUAUUCAUGUCGGUACGUCUACCUGCUCGUACGGCACAUGUACAGGAUCUAUGGGCUUCAGCUGCUGCUGGAAGACACAUGGAAGAGGAUCCGGUUCCCUGAUGUGCUGAGGGUGUUCUGGCUGACCCGGGUAAUGGCCCAGGCACUGAUACUGGUUUAUGUGGUGCAGGCUGUUCGAAGGGAGAGUGGAGAUGCCACAGGAGGAGCUGCAGAUGGGAGCUCUGAUGCACAGGGUUACCUGCUGAGCUGGGAUGUGUUCUGGGAUCUGACAAGUAACCUGAUCAUCUCCGGCUGUGACUCCACGCUCACUGUGCUGGGUAUGAGUGCCGUCAUCUCCUCUGUUGCACACUACCUGGGCCUCAGCAUCCUGGCUUUCAUAGGUUCGACUGAGGAAGAGGACAAGAGGUUGGGUUUUGUUGCUCCCGUUCUGUUUUUCAUCCUGGCUCUGCAGACCGGCCUCAGCAGCCUGGAUCCGGAGGAACGUCUGGUCCGCCUAAGCCGGAACAUGUGCCUUCUGCUGACUGCCAUCCUGCACUUCAUUCAUGGCAUGACCGACCCCGUCCUCAUGUCUCUCAGCGCCUCCCACGUCUCUUCUUUUCGGCGCCAUUUCCCUGUCUUGCUGGUGUCCCUGGCGCUCUUUGUACUCCCAAUGGCACUCAGCUACGCCCUCUGGCAUCACUACGCCCUCAACACGUGGCUCUUCGCUGUUACCGCCUUCUGUGUAGAGCUCUGCCUCAAGGUGGUUGUGUCUUUGACAGUCUAUGGCCUCUUCAUGGUCGACGGAUUCUCCAAUGUCCUUUGGGAGAAGCUAGAUGACUAUGUCUACUACGUGCGCUCCACAGGCAACAUCAUUGAGUUCCUGUUCGGCGUCAUCAUGUUUGGAAACGGUGCCUACACCAUGAUGUUCGAGUCUGGAAGCAAGAUCCGUGCCUGCAUGAUGUGCCUGCAUGCCUACUUCAACAUCUACCUGCAGGCCAAGAAUGGCUGGAAAACGUUCAUUAACCGCCGCACGGCCGUCAAGAAGAUCAACUCCUUGCCAGAGGUACGCGGGGACCAGUUGAGGAACAUUGAGGACGUGUGUGCCAUCUGUUAUCAGGAGUUUGCCACAUCAGCCCGCCUCACACCCUGCCACCAUUACUUCCAUGCACUGUGCUUGAGGAAGUGGCUCUACAUCCAGGACACAUGUCCCAUGUGCCACCAGAGAGUUUAUGUUGAGGAGGAGAGCAGAGACAGAGCAGCCUUUUCUAACAACAAUGGGGGCUAUGCAGCGCCACAGAACAACGAUGCCGUUGCUGUGGGUCCUCCAGUACCGGGGGAAAACCCGCAGGGACAGCUGGCUGCUGAGCUGCCAGCCAAUGGAGUGGCAGUCGGCGCACAGGCUGCAAGAAGACCAGCAGUGCUCGACCACGAGCUUCUGGAGGACAAUGACAGCAUAGAGUAUGAUGAAGACGAGUGGGGGACUCAGAAUGGCAGCACGCCGAUAGAAGAAGACUAUAUUAAUGAUGACACAGAUUCUACCGAGGACUGACGACAAAGAUCUAUAGACAAAUAUACAUAUAUCUGUAUUAUAUUUAAGUUAAAAAUGAUAAAUGACAUCUUACGCAUCUUAAUUUUCUUUUGAAAAAUGUCAGGGAUGUCUGGUUUUUUGUUUUUUUUUUCUUUCUUGUUAGUUUCUUUAUGUUUUGAGUUUGAGUUUUAUUCUCUAAGGGCUUGUGGAAAGAGUAGCUGCUGUGCGUGCGUGCGCGUGCGUGCGUGUGUGUGUGCGUGCGUGUGUGUGUGUGCGUGCGCAUAUUGAAACUGUAUGAUGUAGACCAAAAAAACUCAAAUUGUUUUUAUUCAACAGUAUCUCCAGAGUAUUGGAGAUCCUGAUAUAAAUCUCGGUAUGUGGGCACAGCUGUCUUUGCACAGGUUAUUUCCUGAUGCGAAUCAGUAGGUUUAAAAUAAAAAAAUGUCAGACUA